CGAGAUUUUGUCAGAUCGAGGAUCACAAAGCCGCAGAGUACGUUUACUCAGCUGUUUCGCACCUCCUCCGCGUCCGUUCUCGCGUUAUAAAGCUCCAAGAGACGUCACUGCGAGUACAACACAUCUGCUUUCGUCUUUGCAUCCUCUUGAUCGCCUAGAAUGUCUGCUGAACGCGCCGAAGACCAUCACUUCCAGGAGAGAGAGGAUGACCCGGAGGGAGAGGACUUCAUCGACCCGAACGAUGUGCUCAUCGAGCUCGCGGAGGAUGGGGACCACCCCAUGGACGACGACGAAGAUGGACAGGGUCCGGGACCCGAGGACGAAAUUGUCUGGGAGGACAACUCGAUACAACACUUUCCCAAUCAUAAAGGCUCUGUCUUUGCGGUCUCCACACAUCCUACCGCACCACUUGUCGCAUCGGGUGGAGAAGACGAUCUCGGAUAUAUCUGGGAUAUCGUAACGGGGGACGAGCUUGUGAAGCUCACCGGUCAUACGGACAGUGUAACCUCGACCGCGUUCAGCUCGGAUGGUGAACUUAUCGCGACGGGUGGUAUGGACGGCAAAGUGCGGAUAUGGAGGAGAGUAGGCAAGGAGGAUUGGAACAAAUGGGAGUUCCUUACAGAGCUGACGGGUCCUGACGAAGUAAUGUGGCUUCGAUGGCACCCUAAGGGUACCGUCCUGCUCGCUGGCUCAAAUGAUACGACAGUAUGGCUAUGGCAACUGCCCUCCGGAAACACGAUGCAAGUCUUUGCAGGGCACAUGGGCCCAGUAACCUGUGGCGACUUCACCCCAGACGGAAAGCGUAUCAUUACUGCCGACGCAGAAGGCACUCUCAUCUUCUGGGACCCCCGCUCCCCAGUCCCGGUCUUCAAGCUCACACCAGAAGACCAACGGUUCGCGCUGGACGGCAUCACUUCCCUCGCUGUCAACCCUGCGUCGACUCUCGCGGUCGUCGGCGGUACAUCCGGCGGCGUCCGUGUGGUCAGCUUGAGCAAGGGCGAGGUCGUCGGCGCUCUCGCGGGCCACCAGGAGGGCGAAAGCGUAGAAGCGGUCGAGUUCGUCGAGCUGGCACCGCCUGUGCCCUUGUCGGGGACGGCGGCUCCAGCGGCUGGCGGCGUUGUAGUCACCGGGGCUACCGACGGGAAAGCAUGCAUAUGGGACUUGGGUACGAUGCGGUUGCGCGCGACGCUUGAGCACGAGGAUGCCGUCACGUCGCUACACCGCCUCACGACUCCUGGAAAGGGACACCUCAUCGUCUCGGCUUCGACGGACAAGGUCUUGCGAACGUGGGAUGCGCGUACGGGGACACUCGUGCGUGAACACAAAGGACACAGCGGUGGCGUGCUAGCCGCUGCCCUCGGUAUGGCGGGCGCCGUCGUCGUCAGCGCUGGAGACGAGGGUGUUUGCUUGGUAUUCCCGACCGAGUAAGAUCUGAAGGCGGACAAGGAAACAAAAAGCAGCUGGUCGCAAUGUAUCGCUAUGAAGCACUUCGUGUCGGAGAGCAGAGAUUGUCCCAUAAGAUAUUCCUUGAUAUCCUUAUUAUCUCAUGUUGUAAUUGCUUUCCUGAGUGAAGUCAAUCCGGAAGUUCU